UGUUAUUAAAGUUAACAACAACAACCCAAUCGAAACAACGUCACAAACCAGACAGAUACAGGUAACAGCCAAGAGUAUAAUUCUAAAUAGUUAACAACAGCAAAGAAGUAACAACAACGAAGUUAACAAAAUCAAAACACCGUAAUAAACCAACAAGGCAGAAGCCACAACAAAAUAACAACAACAACAACGGCAACGACGUCGCGGAAAUAGUAGCAACAUGACUGUUAUAGUGGAGCAAUUGUUCGAUAAGGAUGCCCAAAGUUAUGAAAUUUCAUUUAUUCAGCUGGACCCCACUAAAUUAGAGUCACACACUGCAGAUGUCGCCUCAAACAGAGACACACCGGCGUCCAGCAAGUCUUGCUGUCGAGUCUCUAGAAAAAAGUUAUUUGUCAUCAUCACCUUAGUCACCUUCAUCAUAGCCGCAACUCUAUUUGCCAUUGGUGCUUUUUUCAAGUUUAACGCUGAGCAAAUACUAUUGAACAAAGAUGAUAUAACGGUUGAGGCAGCUGGCUCUGCUGAUGUUGCAAUGACUUGCUUCGAAUAUAAAGUGAUCAACACAGGCAAUGAGAGAAGAUUAUUGUCGGACUUAGAGAGCAGACGAGAGGUGUUCGAAGAGAGGCGCGUAGGCACGAAGGAGAACAUCGUCAAAUACGACAUCGUCGAGCGAACGACUGGCCAUCGCGUCAUCGUGCUUCUCGAUGCCAACCGAGGUCUGCACAUCUACAAGAUGAACAACCAAUCAAAUUCCAUCUGCAUCGUCUUGCCCAUCGUCACCACCGAACUCAACAACGACCAACUUCCUUCAUUGCAAACCAGCAAAUACGACGACCUCGAGCCUGACAGAGACGCUGAGAAGACGAUAAUCAUCUCAAAGGUUCCCAUCAAAGACACGGCAGUCCUCGGUCGGAGUGGUCAGGACUUGUGCUCCCCUGGCAAAGCUUACUGGUCCGUUAUUAGUGACAUCAAGAAAAAUGCAAGCAGUCAACAGAAUGAUUCAAACGAUCAACCUCCAUCUAGAACAACUAACAAUCAAACUGAUACACAUCCUACCCACGUAAGAAGGAAGAGGGAUUCUGAGGGUACUCCCUACUAUGCCUGCCUCUGGGACUACACACGAUGCUACUUCUUCGUCUUCCCAGACGACUUCUUCCAGACGAAAUAUUACACCUGUGAUAUUACCUGUGGAAUAUUUUAUUAUUAACUAUUAUAUAAAAUUAUAUAUAUAUAUAUUUUUUGUUUUUUCUUAAUUUUAAUCCAGAAAUCCAGAAGCUCAUUUUGGUUAACAACAAUGCAUUACUGUGUUAAACUCACGAACCCUCGCUCUUUUUUUAAUAUUUUUCAUUUUAAUGAUGGCGAUGUGGCUGGAGAAUUAACGCAGAAUUUUAGAAAAUAGGCUCGCUCUGAACUAUACGAAUAUAUAUUAUAUAUAUAUAUAAAACAAAUGCUUGAUUAACGCUGCUUAUUUACCACCUUAAAAAUAUCUUGAAAUUUAUUUUUUGAAAUUUAACGCUAUUAUCAUUAAUAACGUUUUAAGAUAGUAAGGUGUGACAGUUUUAUACUUUUCCCAGUUUAUACUAUGUCCGUGUAAAAGAGAUGUAACUUUUUUAGACAAACAUUUUUCACCAUAAAUUCAAGCACCAUGUUCAUUUUGAAGGUAGGAUGAUCAUCGAUAAUGAGAAUUUAUAGUCACAAGAUGAAAUUAAACAUUAAAAAAAUUCAUUCACCGAAAAUCUUUCAAUUGUGAAAUUAAAUUUUUCGUGUUAGUUUCAAAUUAUUUCUAGGCAACUUGUUGACUGACGCUUGCGCCAAAUUGCUUUUAUACGUGCGUGCAUGU